AUGACGGCACUUACUGGCCCAGUGAACUACUAUUCGGAUUAUGUCGCAUUCCUUGAUGGCGUACACAUUACACGUGGUCAAGACGGCAAGGAGCCAUCGGCGCUUGGUGCAGCGUUUCGUAAACUGGCUGAAUCUUUUAUUUAUUUGAUAAUUAUAGUCAGAUUUGGCGCACUAUAUCCUCCAGAGAUCAUCGCUGAGAAGGAGUGGGUCCCGUCAACUUGUAAAUUCUAUUUUUCUUUCUAUUCUUAUUUUAAUGUAUCUCUGUUUGCA